UCGCGCCCGAACACCGGAAGUAAACAACAAGUUGGGAGCAACAUGGCGAGUCGCGGCACAGCAUCACAUUUUUGGAGUGACGAGGAAACCUCUGUUUUCAUCGGUCUGGUGAAAAGUAUGAACAUUAUGUCUUUGUUUGACGACCGAAAGUGCAGAGACAGCGAAAUAUACAAGAAGAUAACCGAAAAGUUACGCGAAGCAGGGUUUGUAAGGACACCAGACCAAGUCAAGUACCGCUGGAAGAUGCUGAAAAAGGCCUACUACAAGGCGAAGAAACAAAACAAUACCAGCGGGUCCAACCCAUUUUCUUUUCCUCAGUUUGAUUUAAUGGACGAGAUUUUGGGCAAUAGACCCAUCAGUACAGCUGAGAAAAGUGGGGUAGAUAUCGGAUUUGAGGACGUACAGGAGCAGUUAUCCGACCAGCAAGACAGUGGUGGAACGCUUGACCUGACAGACGCAGCCACACCUACAGCAAGCGAUGUAACAAGUGGAAGUGGCUCACAUCUUGAAGGAGAGGAUGUUAUGGAUGAAAACACAGGUGGGUCAAGUCGCAGGUCCAGGCACCGUGCUUCACUAACUCAACAUCAACAGUUCUUGGAGAGAAUGCAGCACAGGCAGAACCAAUGGUUUGAGCAGCAAAUGCAGUUGAGCUAUGCAAGUGAUCAAGCACUCAUGUCUCAAAUGAUUGCUGAAUCAACCCGUUCUAUGGGUACUGUUGUUACCCAACUCCUCACAGGGUUAAGUGUAUUAUUCCAGCGGCCAAUUCCUCAACCCAUAUUUAAUAAUUCUCAGUCCCAGCCAAUUUUUCAGCCAUACAACAACCAUUUUGAUUACAGGCAACCACCUGCUCCUCCACAUCGAGUUCCCUAUUCACAUAACAAUCAAACUGAACAUGAUCACAGCGAUGACCAAGAUCCUACACCAUUCUUCCAACCGUAGUGUCCCACCUUAUAAUCCAUUCAUCUAUUUGACAGACAGUUGUUUUUGUGCAGUUCGUAGGAAGUAUGUUCUUGAAAAGUAUUUUUGUAAAAAGUUUACACUUUGCACCUUUUUUACACCUUUUUUUUAAUUAUGUAAAAAACUAAAACAUUUUCAGAAAGACUUUGUUCCACAUAUGUUCCACAUGUUUACACCUCGAGCCUUGUCCUGCUAUAUUAGACAAUAAAUACAUAAAUGUGACAAGCAAUGAAAGUGGUAAUAAAUAAAACAACGUUUCCAUAUUUUAGAUGUAUCUCCACAUUUAAGGCAUAGCUUCAUGUAUUUGUUGCUACAUUUGCGUAUCUCCACAUGCAUUUAUUUAUUACUACAUUAUUUACAGCUACAUUUGGUCAAAAUUGAGUUCCUAUGUAGGUGUUUUGAUGGCCUUGUGUUUAAAACACCCCUAUUUAUUUAGUGCCAAUGUCACUGUAAAUGCAGAAAUGUAGCUGAAAUAAGUGUAGGGAUAAAUAAGUAAAUGUGGAGAUAAAUGUAUAAAUGUAGCAAUAAAUAAAUGUAGCAAUUUGUAAGUGUGGAGAUCAAUUUGGAAAUUCAUAUUCUUUAUUUCAACUUUUAUUAAUUUAGAUUUUUAUGUAUUUAUUCUCCAUUAUGGCAGGAUAGGUGCUCCACAGAGCAUUACUUGAACCUCAGUUUUACCUCAGAUGUAAAAAGCAAAACCACAAUGUUAUUUUUUAUGUGCUUUAUUGAAUAACAAAUGUUCUAUUAAAGUUACUAGAAAACUUA